UGUAUGUUGACUUCAGUGCAAUUUAUUCAGAUCCGUAUGCAGAUGCAAUCGUUGGUUAGUUAGCGUAAAGAGCACAUGUGAGAAUGAGAAGUUUGAAAUUCUGUAUCGAAAAGCCGUACAGUGCAUAACGCCGAUGGAUUUCAAUGAUACUGCAAAGAAACAACAUCGGGAGGAUGUCUUGCAGUGCAUCAUUGGCCGACUACUGCUGAGACACGCCACCCACAUAGUCACAGGUACACCUUGGGCAGAGAUCGAGUUUGGUCGGACGGAGAAAGGCAAACCGUAUCUCGUUAAUCCACCAGACACAAAGUUUGGCUUGAAUAUUACACACCAGGGUGAUUAUGUAGGUCUCGCAAGCAGUUGUACUUCGAGAGUUGGCGUCGAUUUUAUGCGUCUUGAUAAAGAGCGUGCUGGAAAAACAGCUGACGAGUACAUUAAUUCGAUGGCCAAGUCGGCUUCACCGGAAGAAUUGCGCAUAAUGAGGAGUCAACCAACGGAAGCAAUGAAAAUGACGAUAUUUUAUCGCUAUUGGUGUUUGAAAGAGGCCAUACUUAAGGCGACCGGCGAUGGUAUCUUCGACGAUCUCAGUAGAAUCAAUUUCAAAGUGAACAUGAAUGACCGAUACAGACCAGGUUGUUUUCUGACCUCUACAACUGUCUUGGUGGACGGCAAGCUACAGGAUCAAUGGAUUUUCGAAGAGACAUUCGCUGAUGGAAACCAUGCUGCAGCCGUAUGUAGAGAGAAAGCAGUACCUCGAUGCUGCAUGUUCAAGAAGGAUCCGGAGGCUAAGAUAUUCUUUUCAAAGAUAUCGUUGGAAAGUUUGCUGGAACACGCUACUAUUCUGAAUCCUCUUCCCGACAAUGCAUCCUCUGCCUAUGAGGAAUUCAUCAAAAGACCAAGAAAAGCAUUCUAA